ACGUGCAUGUCCAAAUGCUCGUUGAUCGAACACGAAAAACCCUGGUUUCUCUCCUCUCGUCGUUUCGUCCGGCGAGCUUCUUUUUUAGUUGUCCUAAAACCUGAAUUUCUCUCGCUCUCUCUGUCUCAUUUUUUCCCGGCGCUCUUGACUUAUAAUCACGCCAUCUCUCUCCGAUUCUUCCUAUUGGAGGGUCGCAGAAGCAGCGUCCAAGGCUCAGGAAUGAGACUUAGUUCCAUGAUGUUGUUGCGUUGGAGCAAAUGUCUACGACAAAGUGAUAGUUCAUGUGCAAUUAGAACUCUGUUCACCAGCCGUCAGUCUGGUAGCAACACGUCAGACAGUGGAACUAAUAACCUAGGUGAGAGUGUAGAAUCUGCAUAUGAUUUUACACAGAGAAUAUUUGGAGGAUUCGGUGAUAGCACUUCAGAAACAGAUCCCUUUUAUCAGAAAUUGGACAGGUUGGAAAAGGCACGUGGAAGGGCUGGAUUUGGUUCAAGACGCAACAAUGGAUACAGUUCAGGAUUUCAAAAUACAGAUGAUAUGGAGACUUUUGAUACGUUGUCAGAUGGAAUGGAUGGCAAGUUGAAGAAGGCUGCCAUGUCGUAUCCUUACAGUGAUGAGAUCAAGAACGACGAUUAUGCAUUCAGGCCAGAUGUGAAUUUUAGGCAGGGCGUGACAUAUACUGUCAAGGAUCUUGAUCUUACAAAACCAGGUGUUCAGAAGCGUGCCCCCAGGGAGGAGUUUGAAACAACGACUGAGGAGGUCUUAAGAAAAGCGGAUUUUCGGAAUGUCAGAUUCCUUUCCAAUUUCAUCACUGAAGCUGGAAUUAUUAUCAAAAGGAGCAAGACUGGUAUUAGUGCCAAGGCACAGAGGCGUGUUGCUCGUGAGAUCAAGACAGCUCGAGCUUUUGGCUUGAUGCCCUUCACUACAAUGGGAACUAAACCAUUUGUUUUUGGAAAGAGCGUAGAAGAUCUUGAUGAAGAUUAUGAUUUCGAGUACUUCGGAGGAAACUUUGUUGCUGGUUCUGGAAAGGGGGAAGCUGCGACCUGAAUGGAACUUGUGCACAUGGAAUAGUUUUGGGAUGUUCUGACCAGCAUUACAACAUGGGGACAGCUGAAGGAGAUACUCAUGUCUUGGAGAUGCAAAGUGUUGUCAGAGUUGGUGUAGGCUAUGCAAAUUCCUUUUUUCUCUUAGUGUAUUUCUUUUGCUUUCUGUUGCUUGAGCACCUGGUUAAUGAUCCACUGGGUAGUAGCUCCAGCUCUUGGCAAACGAAUCAACUUAAAAAAGGGAAGGAAGCAUAUGGUAAUUUCGAACUUGGGAGAUUCCUGACUGCAUUUGGUAGCGGUUGGGAAGCCAGGCUCUGUGCUUAUGUGUUGGCUCAUAGUGCAUAUUCAUAAAACAGGUUCAAAGGCCAAGGAACAGCUAUCGGGCUUUGUUUUAUAGGUUCUUUCUCAUUGUAACGAAUUGUUCUACGUUCUACACUAUACGUUGGAUGGUAGAAUCCAUGGUUGGAAA